UAUAAAGUGUAUGAGUAUUGGGAAAUUAUCACAAGCAAUAUAAUAAUAUCUGUUGCUUGUUGCCUUCCAUUAAAGAUCAUCUGAAAAACCAUAAACCAUGGCCCUCGAAGGAGUUCUUUCCAGUGUUGGUGGGGAGAUCUUGAAUCUACUAGGCUCUCAAGCAUUACAACGCCUUGGAAUGCUACGGGAAUUCGACGAUGAUCUCGACAAACUCAAGACCAAUGUUUCAGCCAUUAAGGCUGUACUUUGUGAUGCACAGGAGCGUGAAUUGAAAGGUGAACAUUCUUUGACGGAUUGGCUUGAAAAGUUGGGCCAAGCUUUUUAUGAUGCGGAGGAUGUGCUUGAUGAAGUCGCUACCGAGUCUCGCCGUCGAGAAGUGAUGACAAGAGGCAAAAAUGCAAAACAGGUUAGAAUCUUCUUCUCCAAUUCUAACCAACUUGCAUUUAACUAUAGGAUGACACGUCAACUCAAGAAAAUUAAUGAGAGGCUAGAUGUUAUUUCCCAAGAAAAAGAUAAGUUUCGUUUGAAUAUAAAUGUUGAACCGAUGAUGUCAAGUGCUUUAUCUCAUCCAUUUGGAAAGAGACGGGAAACUGAAUCUUCUUUAGAAGAGGUGAAAGUGAUUGGAAGGGAUGAUGAUAUGAGCUACAUAAAAAACCUUUUACUGGCAGAGGAUGAUAUGAAUGUAAAAGCUAAUGUUUCAUUCAUUGCCAUUGUUGGAAUGGGUGGAAUAGGCAAGACAACCUUGGCUAGAGCUCUCUACGAUGACAAAGAAGUUAAAGAUUGUUUUAAUCCAAGAAUUUGGAUUUGGGUUUCUAAUCAAUUCGAUAGGAGUACAAUAUUGAAAAAGAUAAUAGAAUCGGCAACAGAAAAGAAAGCUGAGGUAGAAGGACUGGAAGCUUUAAAAAAAAAGCUUCAAAAAGUGAUAGAAGGAAAUAAGUAUUUGUUAGUUAUGGAUGAUGUAUGGAGUGAAAACAAAAAUGAAUGGGAGAAUUUGAAAAGCUUGUUAAUGGUUGGUGCAAGAGGGAGUAAGAUUUUGAUCACAAAGCGUGAUAGUCAUAAAGUAGUUCCAGACAUUGAAAUAGUUUCUUUGAAAGACUUACCUGAGGACCAUUCUUGGAGGUUGUUUAAACAAGUGGCAUUUAAAGAAAGUGAAUUAGAGUCAAUAGAUCCAAACUUGGUACGAUUGGGAAAAGAAAUUUCAAAGAAAUGUGGAGGUAUUCCUCUUGUAAUAAGUCACAUAGGAAGUUUAUUAUAUGGAACAACUUCAACGGAAGCCUGGAUGCUCAUCAAGGAUAAUGAACUUUUAAAUGUUACUCAAGAACAAAACAAUAAUGGUCGUAAUGUGAUAUCAACAUUAAAAUUGAGCUAUAACUAUUUGCCACCAAAUUUGAAGCAAUGUUUUGCCUACACAUCCUUGUUUCCCAAAGGAUAUAAAAUUAAUUCGAAUGAAUUGAUUAGACAAUGGAUGGCUCAAGGUUUUAUUAAAUCAUCAAAUAGAGGAAAAUCCAUGGAGGAUAUUGGGAAGGACUAUAUAAAUGAAUUACGUCGGAGGUUUUUCUAUGAAAGUUCUAUUCAUGAUGAGAAUGGUACAUCGGAUGAUAUUGUUUCUAUGCAUGAUGUGAUGCGUGAUCUUGCAAGGGAGGUAGCUGGAAAGAAAUUAUUAUAUGUGUAUGGAGAUGGUUCUGAUGAAUAUGUUGUGGGUAAACACACUCGCCAUAUUUCAUUUAACUAUGAAGUAUGCGUAGACGAGGAGAAUGUUCUAUCUAAAUUACGUGAAGCCAAAGGAUUAAGAACGUUCCUUCUAUUAUUCUAUCCAUAUGGUCCGGUGCCUCUAGCAGAAAAAAGUUUUUUGGACAAACUAUUUUUUAUGUUUCCACGUCUGCGAGUAUUACAAAUCCGUAAUGUGUCAAAGUCUAUAAAAAGGCUUAAACAUCUUCGAUAUCUAAAUUUCACUGUUAGCUCGGGUGUGGAAUCAGUUCCAAACUCCAUCACGGAAUUGCAAAAUUUGCAGACACUAAAUCUAGCCGGUUGUUACCGCCUAAAGAAGUUGCCAAGGGAUCUUAGCAAUCUUGUAAAUCUCAGACAUCUUCUUUUUAAUCCAUUCAAAUUAAUCCAUACACCGGAAGAGAUAGAGAAUUUGAGUUAUCUACAAACAUUAAGUUCAUUUGUGUUGGACUGUAAAAAUUUAAAUAAGCUAAGGGAAUUCAAUAAGCUGAAUUAUUAUAUGGAAGAUGGGUUAAGAAUCAUAGGUCUAGAGAUGUUGAGGUCCACUCCAUUUGAAGUUAACUCAGUAAACCUUAAAGACAGAAGAGAUUACCGGCGUUUGAAACUAGAAUGGAAAUUGGGGAAUGAUGAAUGUGAAGCAGUUGAGAGUGAUGAAACAAUAUUGGAAGGCUUAGAACCACAUCCAAAUGUUGAAGUCUUGAGUAUUAAAGGGUAUUGUGGAGUAGAAUUACCCAAUUGGGUGUCCACCUCGUUGUCUUUAACUAUGAUUGAUAUUAAAAAUUGUCCUAGAUUGCAACAUGUACAUCAGUUCGGCUACCUUCGGGCUCUCAAAAUUCUAUCUUUAAUCAACUUGGGAUCUCUCAUAAGUUUGUCCGAAUGGAUUGGCAGCACCACUUCUCUUAGAGCUCUAAAAAUUGUGAAAUGUCCAGAAUUAAAAUCACUGCCCAUGGAAAUGCGACAACUCGAAUUUUUGGAAUCUCUUCGCAUAUGGGACUGCCCUCAACUUAAGGAGAGAUGCAAGAAGGGGGGAGAGGAUUGGCCUAACAUUUCCCAUGUUACUAUGGUUUCUUAUGAGGAGAAUUGGCCUCACACUUCCUAUAUUACUUUCUCUUCUUACAAGGAACCGCCUUAUUUUUCAGAUGAUGAUGAAGAUGAUGAGAAUGAAGAAAAGAGGAAAAUGAAAGCUUGCAUAACCAACAUAGGUUCCUUCUUUUGUGGACGUAGAACUGAAGGUAGGAAAAUAUAAGCCAUUGGUUUCCGAUUCAACUUGAUUAGAUACCAGUGCUUCUCAAAAAGAACAAUGCUAAAGUUUGUGCAUUCGACAAAGACUUGGAAAUGAAAAUUGCAUCCCUGAAGAUGGACACGUGCUUUAUUGUUGUAACUCUUAAAAUUAUUUGAAACCCCCACAUUUUUCUUGUUAAUGGUAUUAAUCAUGCAAUAAGAGUUACCCAUAACAUAACAUUCUGAUGCUUUUGUUAUUAGUAUUAAUAUUAUUAUUAUAUUUCUUUCAAA